AGUUUCUACAGCUCCAUUUUGGAAAAACUGCACGACGAUAGUAUGGAUGUGUCGGCUGAAGUGUCUGCAAACAGUGGUAACUUCUAACUUUGUAGCAUAUCAUUUUUUCUGGUUAAUAUUUUGUUCGUCGUAGUGGAUUAUUUGCGUCAAAGAUUCUCCUAUUCUGCGACUCAAGCUAAAAAUCUCGUAGACCCAAAAAAACGAUGCAAAUUUUCACCAAAACCUUACAUAUACAUUUUUUUCGACGCAGAGUGGGAGUAAGACAGCGGGGAAAGCGAUUUAGAGCUUACAAGUCAUCCAUUGUGUGGCCACCGGAAAGGUAUUCGAUUUUUGUUUAUCUAUAAGUGAUUGUAUUUUAAUUUUAUAUCCACGAAAGUAUCUCGGUGUUGUUUUAUUUAGCAACAUUUUAUAAUUUUCAGGAAGUUCCCCUCGUCGUAAUCCUUUUUGCCCUGUCAGAACACCAAAGAAGCUGAAAGAAGGCAUCGAUAUAGCUAGGUACUACUGUAUGCCAUAUCAAAUUUUCAAAUUUAUUUAAGCUUACCAUAUAUUAAUCUUAACUAUUACUUUAUUUUUUUGAAAGAGGUGGAUAAAGGAGUUGUAGGCAAAGGAAAGAAUAAGACCUGUAGGGUAAACCUGUCCACUUUAAUUUGACUGUUGUGUAAGGUGAUGAUAAUAAGCUUAUAUUUUUUUUGAAAGAGGUGGAUGAAGGAGUUGUAGGCAAAGGAAAGAAUAAGACCUGUAGGGCAAACCUGUCCACUUUAAUUUGACUGUUGUGUAAGGUGAUGAUAAUAAGCUUAUUUCUAGUGCCUUCUAGUGCCUUCAUACUUAAUUUAUUUUGCAGGAUGUUCUCCUCAUUCAAAAGUUACCUGCCAUGGAAAACGGAUGUUUCCAUACAGUCCUUCAGCAAAGACAAACCAGCAAAAGAGGUUAAAGGAAAUAGGUACAUC